CCUCCAACCAUUGGUCGACAAGUGUUUGGUCUUAAUUUAAUCAAAUAUUAGGAUAAUCACAGUUGAUAACGAGGGAACAAAAUUUGAGAGUAUUGUAAAGUAAUAUCAGAUACACAUUAGCUCCGUAAGUGAUGUUUAUAAGUAUUGUUUAAAAUCAGUGAAACUGUCUUGGACAUAACUGUAACCUUGAUAAUAUAAUUCAAUUUUAUAGUUGAAACUUCUUUUUUAUUAUUCAAUUUUACAUUGAAAAUUAAAGGCAGAUAUUACAUGCUUCGAAUUUGAAAUUUGAAAAACUUUGCGGUAUGAUUCACCUGAUGCCGAAUUACGCAACGCAUGGACGUACAGAGAGUAAACCGCCGUAUUACACGAGCGGCACGCUACUUUAUGGACCGGAAGGGACGCCUGGAAGGGAGGUACGAGAGACGGGCCUCAGGGGACGCCAAGACUCGCCACCGGCCGUGCACCAGUCCUCCUCUUUCCUAAUUGAUGACAUUUUGGGCAAAAAAGAACGUGAGCGACAUGGGACCCCUGGUGAACUUCCGUCCAGAGACGCCGGCCGAGAUCGGCAGCGGCGACACAGCGCUGAGCGAGAAGUGCUUCGAUAUAGGGAAACGGAAGAGGAACGUGACUGUGAACGACACCAUCAUGAUAGGACAGAUUCCAACCGCAGAGAAAGAACUUUGUUUGACUAUGAAAGGAGUAAGAAUACUAAUAGCGAAAGACAAAGAGACCGAGAAAGUGAACGUUUUCGCAUAGAGAGUGAUAGACAUAGAGAAACUGGAAUAAAAUAUAGAGACAUUGAACGCAGCAGUAAUAGUAAUAGGUAUAUGGAAUCACACAGAGAGCGCGAGCCACCCUUAGAACACCAGUUCCACCAUGUUCAUCAUCAAACAUCUCCCGUCUCAAAAUCCAUCCCCUCUCCGUCGUCCACCGCCUCCUCGUCUGGGCUCCUCUCACCGGAACUGCCACGUCCGACGCCCAUUAACCCGGCCGCAAUACAGACAAGCGCCCUCACAACGCCGACGCUCUUUAAGCCCCUGCCGACGAUGUAUGAGCCGACGAUGCCAUCGCAGGCGGCGUACCUCAACUCUCAACUCUCCGCCUUCCAAGGGUCCCUCGUACGCCAGAUGUGUGGAUCCAUGCCUGGCCUCGGGCACAUUCCACCAUAUGGGCGACAUGAAUACCCGGCGAUAUUUGACGGCCAAUACCCGUUUUCAAAAGUUUACCAAAGCCGCCCAUUUUUCUGGCAUCCAUUCCUCCAACGUCCAAUGCAUAAACGGAAAGGCGGCCAGGUCCGCUUCUCAAACGAUCAAACCAUUGACCUAGAGAAGAAGUUCGAAACUCAGAAGUACCUGUCGCCUCCAGAGCGGAAACGCCUCGCAAAGUCACUACAGCUGACGGAACGACAAGUGAAGACGUGGUUCCAAAACCGCCGGGCGAAAUGGCGACGUCUUAAACAGGAAUCGCCAACACCUGAGAAAUCAGACGAAAACAGUGGCGAGUCUUCAAAGCACGCAGACGACAGUAUGAUGAGCAACGAGUCUUCCGGUGACGAGUCAUGUGACGAUGACGUCAUUACUGAUGACGUCAUAGAUGUAGGACAAGAAAACGAAUGAAAUAGGACACGGUUUCGCCUAAAAAACAUUUGUCUUCCUUAAUGACUCUGUGAUGAAAAAAUGGUGCAAAUAAUACGUGACAUUGGAAGCAAAACCCUGACAACAUGAGAUCCGUUAUGUUUAUGUCAAGUGAUGAGUGUACAUUCCGUUGCAGACUAUUUUAUGCAUUUCUGUCUUAUUUUGUAUAUGCAUAGUGCAUUUUAAUGCACAUUUUGUUAUAUUUCAUGAAUGUUAAUUUAAAAUAAAUAUAUUUAUCAUGA